AUGACGAUGGAGGCUCUCCCCAAGGCCCUGGAGGUCGAUGAGAAGUCUCCAGAAUUCAAAGACCUGCUGCCCAGCCAGACGGCCAGCUCCCUGUGCAUCAGCUCCAGAAGUGAGUCCGUCUGGACCGCCACCCCCCGGAGUAAAUGGGAAAUCUACCGCAAACCCAUCAUUAUCAUGUCGGUGGGAGGCGCCAUCCUCCUCUUCGGCGUGGUCAUCACCUGCUUGGCCUACACCCUGAAGCUGGGUGACAACAGCCUUAAGGUCCUUAAGAUGACAGGGCCUGCCUUCCUGUCCCUGGGACUCAUGAUGCUGGUGUGCGGGCUGGUGUGGGUGCCCAUCAUCAAAAAGAAACAGAAGCAGAAACAGAAGUCAGUUUUCUUCCAGACUCUCAAGUCCUUCUUCCUGAAUCGCUGA